AAGACUACAGCCACCAAGAUCUAAAAAAAAUCAUACAAUAGUUAUACACAAGAAUGGCAUGGCCAUGCCUUAUAUGGUUCGUUUUACCUUAUGUGACCCUUUCCCCAAUUUGAACACCCCCUCCUCAACGUUUUCUACACAGACAUUAUUGCGAUCUCCAAAUGCAGAAGACCCCGAGCAGACCACCAACAAUCCAAUAGCCGUGACCAUGCCACCACAGCGCCGCCGAAACCAGCAAGUCAAACGGAGGUAAAGUAACUGAUUUCAAGCCCAUGCUCUGGGGUGCAUGGUUGGAGAAAAGGUUCCUUUCUUGGAUACAGAGUGAACUGACUGGCUUUGCAGAGACUAAGAUAGAUCAUGCUGGUGGUUACACGAUUGUCUUUCAGUUAAUUUUUUACGUGGGUGAACAAGUAUAGCACCUCCCAGUUUCUUUGGUCAUAGAUCUGGUCUCCUCUUGUAGGCUACACUCAUUGUAUACGUACAACAUGCAUUUUGGGUUUAGCGCGUAUCUAUAGCUGAGGAGGCUCGCUAUCUGGCUUGUCCACAGGGCCCCCUCCUUCUCACCACAUCCACAAUCUCUCUUCUCUACUUCGGGCCGCAGGAUAGUGCUGAAACAUGCCGAGACACUUGCAGGGCAGCUCGUGUCCGUCGCAGGUCCGCGAGGCUGGUUCUGGUUUGUAGCCUAGCUGGAUCUACUUUGUGGUGUAGUCUCCCCCAGCAUAUCUGAAUAUAACUAUUGCAAAGGAGGGAAACAAGUUAAAGAAUAGAAAUAACUGCCCAAUAACGAGGUGAAGAAUACAGGAGAUCUAUACACCAAUAUUGGAAUCGAUGUUCGAUCAAGCUACGACUAUGGGCGAUGGGAUCGCCGAGGACCGCAACCACCACCACCACCACCACCACCGUGGAUCCAACUCUCUGUACGGUGACCGGAUGGACAAAUGCCAUAUCGAACUUGGGAGCAGGUCGCCGGUGCAGAGUACAACCGAUACCGCGGGUACAUCGGCGUCAACCCCCACCUCCUCCAGUGAAGACGGACAUGAUAAACUGGACCCCGUGGACCCAGACUACUGCCAGAGGAUUUUAGUUCGAGAUGCUAAGGGUACCAUCCGGGAGAUCGUGUUGCCAAAGGGUCUCGACCUCGACAGGCCAAAACGCACGCGGACCUCCUUCACUGCAGAGCAGCUCUACCGGCUCGAGCUCGAGUUCCAGCGCUGCCAGUAUGUAGUCGGCCGAGAACGCACUGAGCUGGCGAGGCAGCUGAACCUGUCUGAGACACAGGUUAAAGUGUGGUUCCAGAACCGCCGCACCAAGCAGAAGAAGGACACGACCAAGGACUCUGACAAGCACUCCUCCUCCACCUCGGAGUCACUGGCCACCUGUAACAUUUUGCGUCUCCUCGAACAGGGCCGCCUCCUCUCCGCCCCGCCCCCCCAUCCCCCAUUGGGCCACCACCCAGGAAAUGGCUCUCUAUUGGUCAGCUCCGGAGGGGGCUCCUCCUCGCCAGGCGUGAGUAGGAGCACGCCACCAGGAAAUGGCAUUCUUGGCAUGGGUGGAACUUUCGGGCUGUCACUGCCCUCCCUGGGAGGGACUUCACCUUCGCCACGUCUGGGCAUGCCGCCGCCGCACUCACUGUGCUUCUCAAUGCCGCUGCUAGGGGGCGCUCAUCAUGAACUGGCAUCUGGGUACGGGUGCGGGUCCUCGGCAUUUGAGCCAUACAUGCGGCUGGACAGGAUCUCCAAGGAUGGAGAUCUAAGUGGGAAGAAGAGAGUUUCCUAAAAAGCGGCCAUUAAGGGGUUGGGAUGACCCCCCCCCUCCCCCUCUGGUCUCCCACCUAUCCACCCACCAACAUUGCUGUCCAUCAUUGGUUGGCUCAUCAACAUCAUUGUUCAGCUACUGCCUGCCACGGUGGGGGUGUUACGGAACAGGACCUUGUGGUGUGACAGACAGGGGUGAUGAUGAAGCCCGUCACACACAAAAACGUUGCUUGUGAAUUAUUUGGGAGAAAUGAAAUGUGUGUGUGAUUCAUGCGGAGAACAAACCUUUUUUUCUUAACGCUUCUCCUCCUCUGUUCACUUUGUCCAGUCAGUACGUUUGUGUGAUCGUUCUCUUCUUUCUUUCUCUUUCUUUCUUUCUUUCUUUCUGUUCCAUAUUAUGUUUUUUAAAAGCCUGACAUCGUAGAAAAGGCCCUGACUGAGUCAGUGUAAGUGAAUAAGCGUGAUGUCGUCUGUAGAUUACAUUACAAUACAAAGGAGUGCAACCAGUUACCCCUUUAACAUAUUACAUACCUUCCAGCAAAAUGACCAGGUUUCCCAUCAUGUGGCAGUUUUCUGCCAGAGCGCUCCAAGUCAAAUAAUCAUACGCGUUAGCAGUUUCUAAUGUUAAUUUGCACUGUAUAGUGUCCAACACUGAUUCCUGUAAAUUCUGUAUUUGGUUGGUUGUGUGUGUAUUUAAAAAAAAUGUGGACAAGUAAUAUGUGAACUAAAGCUAGUCCUAGGUCAAAUCCAUGCUAUGAAGAAGAAAUAGCAGUUGAUAAAAGGUACUGGGGGUAUGGCCUUGCCAAAGUAACGGGUUAGCAAUAGCGCCAUUAUCCUGGCCCCUGCUCUGCGCUACGUCCUCACGUCCGUCGUGUCGUCCAAUCAACUUGAGUAAAUCCAGGUCAACCUGAGGAGCUUGACCUCUGACCUCUAACCCCCUGACCUUUUAUCCACUCCCAUGAGAUUAACUCUUGAUGUGUAAUUCACCGGUGACAGUAUCACUCCGUAUGCUUUACCAUUGGCUACAGAGACUACUCUCUGGUUUAAAGCCACCCACCCGCAGGUUGCCACAACAACCCCCGGUUUAGAUCAUCUCUGAAUGUUUGCAAACAAAAAGGGCUCAUCAUCGUUGGGGGGCGGGGUGGGGGGUGAAUUUGUUUUGGUGUACAUAAAAAGCGACCCAUCUGUCCCGUACAUAUCCCACCACCGCCCCCUGUGCUUGGUCUGGCCAAACACUCCUUAUCCCAAAUCUUGUGUUUGAAUGUUGUUCACGUAGGUUUGGUGCACACACACACACAAACACACACACACACACACACACACACACACACACACACACAGACAGAAUUUCUAACCGGUUCAUAUCAAUCCUUCUCCUUAUCUCAUGGAAGUCUGUGUGUGAUGUUCUGAUGGGUCGACAGAUACUGUAGGAUGCAGUAGGCAUCAUCUCUUUUAAACUGGUUUCUUCUCCCAAGUCCUAAUAAGCUUUUUUCUAUGUAUAUGUUUUCUCAGAUUGGUACAUUCAGUGGCUUCUAUUUCCCCUUUCCCUGUUUAUUAUCUAACAAUUAUAUUUGGAUAUUCCUUCCUAGACCCUCUCCCGCGCUCAAGACUCGCCCAUUUACUUUGAUCUAAAGCACCAAAUGUUCCUUGGAGAUUUUACAUGAUCUCCCAUCUCCCUCUUUUUGAAUAUAGUUUGUUGUCAUGUGCUAGACCGUGAAAGUUAUUUGAGAUCUUGAGGUAUCAGAUAUUCACAGGUUGUAUCACCUAUAGGUACAGUUCCAAACACAGUGUACGCAGACUAUCUAUUAAGAAGACAGGUUAAGGGUUAGUCAGAGAUUCUGGAUUCAGUUCAGACACGUUUCGAUUAUUUUCUCAAAGAGACUCAAAGCUCCAAGCCCUGGUCACUGUAGUUUGACCUCAGUUUGUCAAUGUUAACUAUCUCCACUGGGUUUUUUCACAACUUUCUAUUUCUCACCUCUAGCUUGGUGGUUUUCCUAUUCAUCGGGGCAUGGACUCCACAAGGUGUCGAAAGCGUUCCACAGGAAUUCUGGCCCAUGUUGACUCCAAUGCUUCCCACAGUUGUGUCAAGUUGGCUGG